AUGUUGGCUGAUGAGAACAGGUGCAUGCUGCGUUUACAGGCGUUCAGUAAGAAGGCGACAAACAAGAAUGAUUUCAGGAACGUCUUAGAAGGUUUUGCCGUAGACAGCGACACAGUGACCACGCCGGUGGCACGCAGUUCGCCUUAUCUGAUCAGCAGGGUGUGCACGAAUUGUCCAGACCCAUGGUUCCCUCUGAAAAUGCGUGGUGCCCGAACAACCUGUGUUCCGCCUUCCGGACUCGGCUCUCGGUCAGACCUCGAAGCGGUACUGACUAGUUUCGUCAAAAUGCCGACCUUGCAGUACGAGCCGUUCCGUGAACUUUUCGUUUCUCAUAAACUUGCGGACAUAUACGUCGGACGGCCAAGUCGGAACGAACUUGCAGCGUUCGAAGAAAAACUAUUAGCAUUGGCGUUGAACUACUGCUUUUCGCCUUACAGCAUUCCCUGCAGGAUCGGCGGCAUAUAUCUUCUAUAUGCUCUGUAUUACAUACAGCCAGAUAAGUACAGAAUGAAGGACGUGGCUUAUCGACAAUCUGAAACGCCCGAGAAGAGAACCCGGAAAUUCCGUAUCGACGAACUGCGACCUCAUACCUCUUCAGGUAAGACCCAGUUGCUACUCGGAACCGGCGUCCACGAAGAGGCUCUGUGUUCAAGAGGUGUCAGCAACUAUCAGUUGGUUUACAGCGUGCUCAGCGGCGCUACAACGCGAACUGAGUUCCCCAGUUACAUUAGGUCAUAUAUGUUCAUCAACCGCGGCGUCAAGCAAGGCGACUCUGUCUCGCCUUUUCUCUUCCUGCUGGUGAAGCUGAAGUUGGCAAACGUGCGAUUAUUGUCUGUGCUUGGUGAGCAGGCGUCGAGUUUUGUAAUGUUGGACGUCGCGAUGGGAAGUGAAGCACUGAAUGUACCAACCAGGGUAAAUACACCACCUAGAGAGGCGAACCAAAUGGCCUUACAAAGCAUUCAUCUCCUGAACGACAGGAACAAGGAAUGCUUUGAGGUAAUCUCUAACGAUAUCAGAGAUAACAGCCUAAACCACUCGAUUGUAUUCCUGCGUAAUGAACUGAAACCGGCCCUGAAGAAACAGAAUGGCCACCCAAGACCAGCGGCCAGUAAUCUCGACCAAACGCAACAGGCCACCAAUGAAAAGGAGGAGUCAUACUUCCUUUGCCUGUUUACAAGAACCUCCCCACAUGACGCGGACGAGGUGACCGAUAUGAAAAAUGGCGAAAUUUCGGACAUCGGCCUGCUAACACUGCAAGAUGAAAUUACGUCUGCUGUGGCACAGAUGAAAUGCCGGAAAGCAGGCAGCCCAGGUCAUCAUCCUGAAGCGACCAAAUCCCAUCGUAUGAGGGUAUACGCCGUCCCAAAAACAAAUGCCUCCGUUCUGGCCCAUUUACGCCGCGGCAACAAGAUUAGAAUCACGCUUCCCCGAUACUGCGAAUUGCACAAAUUGCUGCGUGUGCUGCAAAGGCAGCAACUUUUCGACGCGUAUUACGUAUUGGCGAAGCUGUUCUUUCAAGGCGUGUUCCGAAUUUGUGCGACUUCAGAUCAGUUUAACAUUCUGACAUUCCGACCGUCGGAAAAAGUGUAUGAUAAAAAGGCCCAGGAUAAUCUUCGCACCGAUUUCACACUCAUGACGCUCGUUGACAAUGGGUUAGAUAAGCAAAUUGAUCUCGUACAUUCGACAUAUAUGGCCGCGAAGAUGAAGCUUGUCAAAGAUUGGCCGGAAGCUUCUGAACGAUUGUGUUUUGUCAAAGAACUUCCACUGGAUGCUUUUGAAAAGUUUUGCUCCGAAUAUGAAUCUGAAGUAAAGGGCAUAAACGAGCGACAGGUGACGCCACUUGAUGUUUUUGUUUUGGCUUACACGAUUGGGAAUUGUCUGUGUAAUGUAUUCAGUUUUAAGUAAUC